GCUGUAAAGAAGUGGGUAUACGUACCUAGGUGGAAAUACACUGUAGGGAAGCUACUCAAAGGUAUCUAGCCACCCAAAUUUGCCCAUAAAGUACAUGUAUCUUAUAUUCGAGUGAAGGCCCAAGGGUGCUUGAGGUACCCGUGCUAAACCCCACCGCCGUCCAGACUUGGGAACAUCCAACUACAUCCCACUUCCACUUACAUAGUACACAUUAUACGUAUACCACAACGCAACGUAUGUCGCUUCGCCUAGACAAUAAUCAACGACCACACAUCACUGCAGCCUUUAGAUUAUUGUUUACGACCUUAUAAUCUAAAGGCUAGCUACCGCAGCUUCCUCUUCGGCCAUGGCGAAUGCCGCUGCUAAGCUCACCUCCCUCUUGCGAGCCUCGACCAUCCAAGACCACGAUGAAGUCUUGGAAGCUGCCAAUGCAUCCAUAAAAGCCUCUAAAAAGGAUAUCGAAGCCCAGCGCACACGUGUCAUUGCCCUUUUAAAGCUAGAUCGCUUCGAAGACGCCCUCCGAGCCAUAGCCGAAGGCGGGGAUGAAUUAGAGAAAGAAUGCGUUUUUGAGAAGUCUUAUGCUCUUUACAAAUCCGGCCAGCUUGAAGACGCUGCAAAAACACUCGAGAAAGCUCCCCCAUCCUCCAAGUCCUCCCGUCCCUUUCGCCAUCUGGCCGCUCAGAUCGCCUACCGCGCCGAGAAAUUUCCGGAUGCAGCAGAUGCCUACCGCCAUCUUCUAGAAGAACAAAGAGGCCUAGCCGGUGAAGAAAACGAUUUGAAUAUUAAUCUUCUCGCUACGAACGCCCAGCUAGAAUGGAAUGGACUAGGUCAUCUACUAAGGGAGCAAGAGAGACAACCCUCGCGUGACCAUCUCGAGGCUUUUGAGACGGCGUACAAUGCUGCAUGUACGUGUAUCGCCAGGGGCGACUUGAACCGCGCAUCUGUCUUCCUCAAGCGAGCGCAGGAUUUAUGCGAAGCUAGCGAGGAUAUAUCUGCGGACGAGAAGAAGACCGAACUGCUACCUAUUAUGGUACAACAAGCCUACGUUCUCACCAGGUUAGGCAAGGAAGCAGAGGCGGCAGCUUUGCAUAAAUCCAUUGUGAUAUCCGAGAUUCCGGAGGCGUCAACAAGAGCAGUCGCACAGAAUAACCAGAUCGCCAUCGGAGCUGCAGGAAGGAAUCCCUUCCUUACACAGCGCAUUUUCCAGUCGGUCACUAAACUCUCUGGAAGUGAUAAGCUCUUCGCUUACCAGACAUCUAUUUUGAAACAAAAUGAAUAUGCUAUAGAUCUGCAGGCGCAAAAGUUUGAUGGUAUUGAGUCUUCUACCUCAAAAAGAGUCCUACAAAGCCCAUCUCCCACAAGCUCCGUGGAAAUUGCAGGCCUCGGAGUCAUUAACGCGGCCGCUCAUACCCGUCUGCAGACCGGCGACGAGUCUCUAAAACAAAUUCUGCAUCUCCUUGAGAAACGCCCGACAGACAUCGGCCUUCUAUUAACCAUCAUUCAAUUAUAUGUACAAUUAAAGAAACCUGGCCCAGCAUUAAGUCUCUUGGAAGCUUUUCUCAAGCGCCUUGAAACAGCAUUAACUCCCGACUUUGAGGAUGUACGCUUCGCACCCGGUCUGGUCGCGGUGACCGUGGCCCUGUAUCGGCUCCAAGGACGCCAGAACUCUAUACGCACAGAAUUAGCAAGAGCAUCCACACACUGGCGCUCAAAAUCAAAAGAUUCUGCUUCUUCUCUUCUCCGCGAAGCCGGUAUUGAGCUCCUCAAGUCUUCUAAUCGUGAGGACAUCGCAUUGGCAGGAGAGUCAUUCGAAACUUUAGUCGUUCAAUCUGAAAAAGACUUGAUCGCAGUCGCUGGCUUCGUAGCCUCCUUCGCAAACGAGGACUACGCCAAAAUUGAGCGGUAUCUGCCGAGCCUAACUCCAGUCGAGCGUCUCACAGCCGGCGCAAACGCCGCCGCUCUAGUCGCUGCGGGCGUAGCUUCGAUUCCCACGCCGACUGCGCCCACGAGCAAGAAGCGCCCCGCGGAGCACGAGCCGGAAAAACCAGCAUCCGCCAAGCGCCGGCGCAAGAAGCGGCUACCCAAAAACUACGAGGAAGGCAAGCUCCCCGAUCCGGAGAGGUGGCUCCCUCUGCGCGACCGCAGCACGUACAGACCCAAGGGCAAGAAAGGCCGCAAGCGGGCCCAGGAGUCCACACAGGGCGGCGUUGUCAAGGAGGAGGAGACGCUUGAGCUGGUCGGCGGCGCGGGGGCCGUGAAGGUGGAAAAGGCGUCCGCGGUGCAAGGGGGAAAGAAGAAGAAAAAGGGCAAGAAAUAGGUUAGGGGUAUUGUAGGAAAAGGGAAGGAAAGUAAAAAUCAGGAUAUUUAGCAUGAUCGAAUACAAUGCCACCACGUGUCUUGGAAUAAGAGACAUGAAAAUGACAAAACGCUUCUUUCCAUAUGAUAUUGGUUGCUGUGAACACUACUUCUUAGUCAGUAAUAGGCACUCCGUACUCGGAUUUGGGGAAUAAUUAUAAAAAUUAUGUAUUCUAUCUCGAGAAGUAGUAUAUUCACAUAGCAGAAAGGCGCAUAAGACGUCAUUAACAAAGGGCGAAAUUUAUAAAGGAGUGCUGCUAGAAGUCCAUGUAUAUACAGUAAUUACCGUAACGCGUAUACUCCGCUCCGUCUCCAUCCAGGACUCUCCAGCGAAGUAACCUGGUGU